UAACGGAACAUUUGCUGUGUGUUUAUGGCUCCUGAGAGACACCACUGCUCUUGCACUGCUGCUCUGUACAGAGAACAAGCUGCAGAGAAACAAAGUUUGGGACUAUAAGACGACUUAAUUUUAGAGCUUUACAUGCUAUUAUAUGAGUGGUGAUAGAUAUGAACAAACUGAUCUGAGACGGACUUGAUACAGUUGUCGUUUGGAGCAGAAGACUGGCUGGAGACAUGAACAGAUUUUAUUCGAUGCAGCCCGUGGAACCAGAGAACGGGACCAAAGUGAGAGAGUCCUUCAAGUUUGUGUCGGAAGUGAAGAGGGAUGUAUGGAGGGACAGUGGAGAGGAGCGAUCAGAGCCCUUUUGUUGUCUGAGUGUCAGCAAGAUCUCCUACACAGUCAGUGAGCGUGUGGGUCCUUGGUGGGACUUACCCUCCUACAGGAAGCGCUGGACUCGUCAGAUCCUCAAUGAUGUCUCCUUCCACGUAGACAGUGGGCAGAUCAUGGGUAUACUGGGCAAUUCAGGGUCAGGAAAGACUACAUUAUUGGAUGCCAUCUCAGGGAGGAUUGGAAACUGUGGUACACUGUUGGGUGAGGUCUUUGUUAACGGCAGGAAUCUGAAGAGAGAGGAGUAUCAGGACUGUUUCUCCUAUGUACUGCAGAGCGAUAACUUGUUGAGUUAUCUGACAGUGGAGGAGACUCUGACAUACACAGCCCAGCUGGCUCUGCGGAAACACUCGGCCGAAGCCAUCAAGAAAAAGGUGUCAGCAGUGAUGGCUGAGCUGAGUCUGAGCCACGUUGCCCACAGUGUUAUUGGAGGUCGUGUUUUCCCAGGGAUCUCUGGAGGCGAGAGGAGGAGGGUCUCCAUCGCCAGCCAGCUACUUCAGGACCCACGGGUGAUCCUAUUGGAUGAGCCGACCACUGGCCUGGAUAGCAUGACCGCCAAUCAGAUUGUGGUGCUGCUGGCAGAGCUGGCCCGGAGGAACCGUAUCGUCAUAGUAACCAUCCACCAACCACGCUCCGAGCUCUUCAGGGUGUUCAGCAGGAUAGCUAUAAUGAGUCGUGGAGAGCUGGUGUUCUGUGGGCAGCCAGAAGAGAUGGUGGACUUCUUCAGCCAAUGUGGAUAUGAGUGUCCGGAGUACUGCAACCCCUUUGACAUCUAUGUUGACUUCACCUCGGUGGACACGCGCAGCAGUGAGAGGGAAGCAGCCACGUUCAGUCGCAUGCAUGAGAUCACUUCAUCCUAUCAGAGGUCUGCCAUCUACCAGAGCAUGCUGGGAAAAAUAGAGCAGAGCCUGCAGCGGGAAGAGAAGCCAGCCAUCCCCUUUAAGAGCAAAGAGUCGCCCAGUGGUGCAGCCAAACUUGAAGUUCUGCUCAGGCGGACUGCAAGAAACCUGUCCAGAGACAGGAUGGGCGUUCUGAUGCGUCUGUCCCAGAACCUGAUCUACGGUCUCUUCGUGGCCUUCUUCGUCAUGCAUUUAGACAACGAUGUUGCCAAGGGUGCAGUGCAGGACCGCAUCGGCAUCAUCUAUCAGAGCGUUGGUGCUUCGCCCUACACUGGCAUGCUGAACGCUGUAGCUCUCUUCCCGGCGUUGCGGGCCAUCAGUGAUCAGGAGAGUCAGGAUGGUCUGUACAGUAAAUGGCAAAUGUUCUUGGCCUACAUCUUCCACAUCCUGCCCUUCAGCAUCCUGAGUGUGUUUAUCUUCACCUCCUUCCUUUACUGGACAGUGGGGAUGCAUCCUGAGACCUUGCGUUUCCUGUGUUUCACAGCUGUAGUCCUGGUGCCACAUAUUAUAGGUGAGUUGCUGACUGUGGUGUUAUUAGGAGUGGUCCAAGACCCUAACAUGGUCAACACUGGUGUGGCUCUGCUGAAUAUUGCAGGGAUCUUAGUGGGGUCUGGCUUCCUAAGAAGCACCCAGCAGAUGCCAGUGGUCUUCCAGUGGCUCAGCUACCUGACUUUUCAGAAGUACAGCUGUGAGCUGCUCAUAGUCACGGAGUUCCACGGACUUGACUUUACAUGCAAUAGUUCCAAACCUUUGCCAGGAGCCUGUCUGGUCACUCAUGGCAGUCAGAUCAUUGACGAAGGCUAUCCUGGCGCUUUGUCCCGAUACACGCUAGACUUUGUUCUCCUCUACGCCUUCCUCCCUGCCCUCCUGUUGCUGGGCAUGAUCAGCUUCAAGAUCAGAGACAAGCUUGUACGUCACUGAAAACCACAGACACAUUUGUGGGAGAUUCCUCUGUUUAAACAGGGAGCUGAAACUGAGUUGGGUUCAGAUGAUCCUAAACACAGUUGCAAGUAUGAUGUACGUACAACUUUUAAAGAAUAAUGUAUUGUAUAGUUCAAUGAUGAAAGUAGUGCACAGAGCCUCUGUUAUAACCCAGGACCUUUGUUUCAUGUCUUACCCCUUCUCUCUCCCCCAUGUUUUCCGUCUACCUCCUCACCCAUAACUGUCGUUAUUGAUCAUGUAGUUGUUGUUUAAAUAUUGUGACUGUAAUGUGUUAUGAAUAGAAAGUAAUGCCUACCGUAAUGAUGUAAAAUUGUUUAUUUUUCUAGAACACAUUUUAGCAUUAGUACACUGUACAUGUGGUUUUGUAGUGUUUAAAAGUAAGUUCUAUCAGUAGAAAACAAUGACAAACCAGUAAAUAAAUAAUGAAAAAUGUAUAUGUACAUUAAUAUGUGGUGUAUGAGUGUGACCAUAAAGCUGAUACUCAUGUCUCCAA